GAGGGUAUCUGAAAGCAGACCCCAGACUCUGGAGGAGAAAGGAAAGUGGGUCCCGGAGCCGGGCACAACGCGAGCCCCAGAGCUCCCAGGAUCUUCUGGAUCCCGCGCUUCGCAGCUGGACGGCACGCCCCCUUUAGCUUCGGCACCCUCACCUCUGGACGCCUCUUCAUCUGUCCCUGGAGGGACCUCCACCUGCAAAGCUGCAGGACAAAGCCACGCACUUGGCGCCCACCAUGCACCUCAACAGCUCAGUGCUGCAGGGCGCCCCUGGUGAACACGGAGUCCAUCCCUUCCCGCGGCCACAAUCCGGACUGGAGGCGUUGCUCCUGGCGCUUGGCUUGGACAGUAGCUUGGGCAAUGGCUCAGGCAAUACCUCGGAAUCCGUCUUGGCAGCACCCAACAGCGACCUGGACGUGAACACUGACAUUUAUUCCAAGGUGCUGGUAACGGCUGUAUACCUGGCACUCUUUGUGGUGGGCACCGUGGGCAACUCAGUGACAGCCUUCACUCUGGCGCGAAAGAAGUCACUGCAGAGCCUGCAGAGCACCGUGCAUUACCACCUGGGCAGCUUGGCACUGUCUGACCUGCUCAUCCUGCUACUGGCCAUGCCGGUGGAGCUGUACAACUUCAUCUGGGUGCACCAUCCCUGGGCCUUUGGGGAUGCCGGCUGCCGUGGCUACUAUUUCCUGCGUGAUGCCUGCACCUAUGCCACGGCCCUCAAUGUAGCCAGCCUGAGUGUGGAGCGCUACUUGGCCAUCUGCCAUCCCUUCAAGGCCAAGACCCUCAUGUCCCGCAGCCGCACCAAGAAAUUCAUCAGUGCCAUAUGGCUAGCCUCGGGCCUGCUAGCUCUCCCUAUGCUCUUCACCAUGGGCCUGCAGAACCGCAGUGCCGACGGUCAGCACCCUGGUGGCCUGGUGUGCACACCCAUUGUGGACACAGCCACGGUCAAGGUCGUCAUCCAGGUCAACACCUUCAUGUCCUUUGUGUUCCCCAUGCUGGUCAUCUCCAUCCUAAACACUGUGAUUGCCAACAAACUGACAGUCAUGGUGCACCAGGCCGCCGAGCAGGGUCGAGUGUGCACUGUGGGCACCCAGAACAAUUUACAGCCCAGCACAUUCAGCAUGUCCAUCGAGCCUGGCCGUGUCCAGGCCCUACGCCAUGGAGUUCUCGUCUUACGUGCUGUGGUCAUAGCCUUUGUGGUCUGCUGGCUGCCCUACCAUGUGCGGCGCCUCAUGUUCUGCUAUAUCUCGGAUGAACAGUGGACUACGUUCCUCUUCGACUUCUACCACUAUUUCUACAUGCUGACCAACGCUCUCUUCUACAUCAGUUCUGCCAUCAACCCCAUCCUCUACAACCUGGUCUCUGCCAACUUCCGCCAGGUCUUCCUGUCCACACUGGCCUGCCUCUGUCCUGGGUGGCGCCACCGGAAGAAGAAGCCAACAUUCUCCAGGAAGCCCAACAGCAUGUCCAGCAACCAUACCUUUUCCACCAGCGCCACCAGGGAGACCCUGUACUGAGCCUCGAGGAGGUUGAGAGGAGGCCUCAGCCUGUGCACAGCGUCACACCCCUCCCAGGCCUCCAAGGGUCACAUAGGGGGCCAGUGAGGCUGGGGUUUCCUCAGAGGAGGCUUCUGUCUCCCCAGUUUCUCUUUCCUUCCUCUGGCCCCUCCUCCCUAAC